AUGGCGGCAACCAAGAUCAACGUGAACGUGCUUAAGCAGCACAGUAAUGAAGACGAUGGCUGGGUCGCCAUUAACGGCGCGAUAUGGGACGUAUCCGGCUUCGCAUCCCAGCACCCCGGCGGCGAGGACAUCAUCAAAGAGUAUCUCGGCCGCGACGCGAGCCAAGUAUACAAUGCCAUCCACGGCCCGGGUUUACUUGCUAGUCAACUCGGCCUAGACAAGAAAAUCGGCGACUUCGACGAUGACACCUUGACCGCCACCAAGCCUGUUGACGAGGCAGCUGCAGCAUCGGCUGUCAAGGCGAUGCGGCCGUUAGAGAUGAUACUGAACAUGCACGACUUCGAAGAAGUCGCCUCGCAAACCCUUCCCGAGGCUGCGUGGGCUCAGAUCUCCGGCGCCACGGACGAUUGCUUCACCAAGGCUGCAAACGGCGAGUAUUACCGUCGGCUGUUACUCCGUCCCCGCAUCCUGGAGGAUGUGAGCCGUUGUGAUAUGAGUACCGAAAUAUUCGGUGUCAAGUUCGAUUUGCCCAUCUUCAACGCUCCCUUUGCCUCGGCCAAGUUAGUCCAUCCCGAGGGCGAGCUGGCUCUGGCUCGGGGAUUGGCGGCUAUGGGGACCACCAUGAUGAUACCGACACUGUCCUCAUUCUCAGUAGAUGAAAUCGUCUCUGAGCUGCCACCUGCACAUCCGUUUUUCUUCCAGCUGUACGUUUACAGCGACCGUAACCGCACUGAAGCGCUGCUUAGACAGGUCGUGGAGCUUAAAGCCACCGCCAUCAUGUUGACGGUCGACCUGCCCGUGAUGUCGAAACGAGAAUCCAUCCAGCGAUAUAAGGCUAAAGUCGCUGCUUCCAAACCCCCCAAGACGGGUUCCGCCGAGACACUCGCGCGCGGUUCUAAUGGGGCCAUUACAUGCACCUUCCAGUGGAGCGACAUACAAUGGCUGAAAGACUUGACGAGACUUCCCAUCGUCCUCAAAGGGAUCCAGUGUGCCGCAGAUGCGAAGAAGGCGCUUGACUAUGGCUGCGGAGGAAUCUACCUUUCCAACCACGGAGGCCGGGCCCUCGAUACGGCCCCGCCAUGUAUCUUGACUCUGAUGGAGAUUCAGGCGGAUUGCCCCGAAGUUCUUGAAAAGAUGGAGGUCUUCAUCGAUGGGGGGAUUCGCCGGGGUACCGAUAUCCUCAAGGCGAUUUGCCUCGGGGCCAGUGCCGUCUGUCUUGGGCGGCCGUUCUUUUAUGCCGCGACUUAUGGCGAUGAAGGGGUGAAGCACGCAGUAGACAUUUUGAGUGACGAGUUGCGCGUAGCGAUGCAACUCUCGGGUAUCACAUCUCUUAGUCAAGCGCAUCCUGGUUUGGUGAACACGACGGCUCUCGACCCCUAUGUUCACCGCGGACAGAAUCAUCCUUGGGCCAGGAAGAUUGUCCGAAGCAGGCUAUAA